AUGUUACUUCUUAAUGUAGGUGCUGUUUUAACGUCUACGACCAGCGAAUUGCAAGAGUUGGCAGGAUGUUUCAUAGUUUUGAGAGGACUGGCUAACACGUCGAUUCGGAGAACCGUCAAGAUGGUCCCGGCGGAUUCUCCGCGAUUGUCACCGAGUCAUUACGUGCCGAAUGGACAUGCCAUGGGAUACACGAACAUAUCUCGACGAAGCUACAAUCGUCAAUCGUUCCUGGAGAAGCCGUCUUAG